AUGUCCUGCCAAACAUGUUCAUCCGAACUUCCCCCCAAUAUCUUCAAACAAUCAUUCAUCACUCCCUGUUGUUCCACUCCGAUAUGUCCAAGUUGCAUCAACAGGAAUCCGAGAUUGAAAGAAUAUAUACCAUGUCUGAGAUGUGGUGAUCCUCGUACAUCCGAACUGAAAGGUGGGGCUAGUAUAUCCAGACUCGGUGAGUCAAAUGGGAGUAGAAAUGAUAUUGGUCUAGCAAGAGAUGUAGUAAGGAGUAAUGGGGAUGAGGUUGUAUUUGAAAUUGGUGAUUCCGAUGAUGAUGAUGAUGAGGACGACGCAGAUGCACCACCAGGAUAUGAAGAUAUCAGUUCUCAGCAGAACAAUGACACCAAUCGAAACGAACAGAUCAUCCGAGACGGUACAAUCAACGAAGACUUGUCAGAAAGCGAAUUAGAUACAUCGAAAGAGCCUACCGACACGUCAACGCCAGAUAAUACCAUUUCUACUCCUGCGGUCAUCCCAACGGCAGGUGAAGGGAAAUGCGAGACAGUCGAAGUGACACAUCAAAUCCAAAAAUCCGAUACACUCCUAUCCAUUUCAAGGCGGUACGCAACUGAUCCUCACGAGCUCCUAUCAUUGAACAACCUGCCAUACACCGCCUUAUCCACUCAUCCUCGUAUCCUUCAUACCCGAAAAACACUAAUCAUCUUACGUCGUCAAAUCCCGUUAUCCAAGAUACCUUCACAUCCAUAUACCUCACCGCCACAACCCGAUGGAAAUGUAAACAACGAAGAAAGGGAGAAAUCCAAACAACUGAAAAGAUUUCAACUCCUGACUAAAAAUACAGAUCUGGGCAUUGCCAAUACCUAUCUCAACCUUUCGGAAUUAGAAGAAUCACUCGGAGAUGAUCCACUGGAAAGUGGAAGUGGGGAAACAAUCGAUGGUCAUAAGAAAAAGCAAUUCGCGAAUAAAGAGAAUAGGGAACAGAGAGCUUUGGAGAGUUUCUUUGAGGAUGAUGAGUGGGAGAAAGAGCAUGGUGGUAGUUUAUCGAAAUUGAGGGUCAAUGUGAAACAGAGUACUGGGCAAGGGAAAGGGAAAGGAGGAGGAUCUAGCUGGAAUAUCUUAUCAGCAGGAGGUAUGAAAGUCCAGUGA